GCGCUGUUGCGCAACACCGGCAGCAUCAUCAGGAGGAGCUGCCGCGCGCGAGACGCUCUCACAAGCCGUUACAUCUGCUGUAGAUCAUCCAGAAGAGCGCGAGGCGCCUUUAACAACCUGUCCGCGUUACCCCGCCGGCCCCGCGACGCAAAGGAACCAAAAACGGUCCACCGCAGCUUUUACGCAUCGCCGAUUUAUUUCGCGCUCGAGGACGAGCGUCAAGCGGAGGGGGGAUUUUCUGAAGUUUUGCAGAAGGACUGCAUGGGAUAAUACAUCGCGGCGAGGUGAAGCGCGAAGCGACAAAGUGCUCUGGACCGCUUGAGAUCCCGGAAAGCGGCGGGUCGGUUCAUUAAAGCACUUUUGGGUUUCGCGCACUCGGGACUCUCGCGCGUCCGUCGUUUCCAGCGCGUCGGUUCGGGACGGCGUCGACGUCUCUCGUGUGUGGAUUUUAAAAGAAACCAAAGCGGAGGAUGGAGGAGCAGAGUCAUCUGAUGCAGACCCUGGGCGGAGUGACCCUCGCCGGACACCCGGUGGCUUUACCGGUGCCUCACGACGGAAGCGACGCCAGAAACAAGCAGGACAUCGGAGACAUCCUGCAUCAGAUCAUGACCAUCACCGACCAGAGCCUGGACGAGGCUCAGGCAAAAAAGCACGGGCUGAACUGUCACAGAAUGAAGCCGGCUCUGUUCAGCGUGCUCUGUGAAAUCAAAGAGAAAACAGGUCUCAGUAUCCGAGGCAGUCAAGAUGAAGAUCCUCCAGAUCCUCAGCUCAUGCGUCUGGAUAACAUGCUGCUGGCAGAGGGCGUGUCUGGACCGGAAAAAGGGGGCGGGGCAGCGGCGGUUGCUGCGGCAACAGCAGCAGUGGGCGUGGGAGCUGAUAACUCCAUCGAGCACUCGGACUACAGAGCCAAACUCAGCCAGAUCAGACAGAUCUACCACACCGAGCUGGAGAAAUACGAGCAGGCGUGCAAUGAGUUCACUACACACGUGAUGAACCUGCUGAGAGAACAGUCUCGGACCCGACCCAUCUCGCCCAAAGAGAUCGAGCGCAUGGUCAACAUCAUCCACCGCAAGUUCAGCUCCAUCCAGAUGCAGCUGAAGCAGAGCACCUGCGAGGCCGUCAUGAUCCUCAGGUCCCGCUUCCUCGACGCCAGGAGGAAAAGACGUAACUUCAGCAAGCAGGCGACGGAGAUCCUCAACGAGUAUUUCUACUCUCACCUCAGUAACCCGUAUCCCAGCGAGGAGGCCAAAGAGGAGCUGGCCAAGAAGUGCGCCAUCACCGUGUCGCAGGGGAAGGGAAGCACCAUCACUGUGUCACAGGUUUCGAACUGGUUCGGUAAUAAACGUAUCCGCUAUAAGAAGAACAUCGGUAAAUUCCAGGAAGAAGCCAAUCUGUACGCAGCGAAGACGGCGGUGACGGCAGCUCAGGCCGUGGCGGCUGCUGUACAGAACAGCCAAAACAACUCGCCCGCAACGCCCAGCUCGGGCUUUCAGAUGAAAGAUGAAGACUUUCAGUUGGAUGCGGCAGAAGACAAAAAUAAUCUGUUAAACAACAUGUUCACUGGUUCUUCAGGUUCGUAUAGUUUGCCGGGUUCGGGAGACAUGUUUAUGAGCAUGUCCGGCCUGAACGGAUCCUACCAGCCGGCCUCGGUCCCCAACACAGGACAGACACAGGGAGACUCCAUACGUCACACCAUCGGUCAGUCGUUGGGUUACAGCGACGGCCUGCGGGGAAACCCGCUGUACAGCCCGCACGGACUGAACGGUAACGGCGGCUGGCACGACGCUGUCACUCCGUCUUCUGUGACGUCUCCUAUAGAGGGAGCAAACAGCGUUCACUCGGACACCUCUAACUGAACCUUAACUGACCCCGACGAUAUCUCAGACGAGAACUCAGAGAGACGAGCGAGACUCAGAACCGCUCACUUCGACCAAAAACAGCACCACGUUGCAAAAAUCAGCCGAGAGGAUUGACGGUACCAGCUUUCUUUCCAAAACUGGCGAUACCUCGGUGUCCAACAUGUACGAUUGUGGAAACAUGGGACGCUUUUUUUGUCAUAAUCUCUGUGAACACCUUGGAACAGGUUUUAAAAUAUAUCACGAUUUAAAUUUGCUCGUAACUCUUGUCUUUUCGCGCAGUGCAGUAUGUUCAUUCUUAAAGACGGUUUUUCUCGUGCACAUCGAUUUUUUUAAAUUGUAUUUUUAACAACGUCGCCCCUCGUAAAUAUCGCCGGCCUUUUGGUUUCAUUGAGACUCGGGCGUGAUUCAGAUUGAUAUGCAGAUUCCAGAAGUAAAACGCCAUCGAUAAUGUACAAAGAAAUUGAUUUUUGGCAAUAAUGUACCAACUGUUGAGGAACGUAUAGCGUAUGAAGUGGUUUUAUAUGCUUCCGCGGAGCCGAAUAUUUUUUUUAAGGUCAAGAUUGGCUUAGAAACUCAAUGUUUGCUGGAGGAAUCGCACGGAAAGGUUACUUCUGAGACCGUUUGUUCAUCUAUUGCAGUGACAGAUACUUACAUAGCUUAUCGAAUUAUUUUAAUACAUCUCCUACCGUCAACAGGACGAUAAUGCAGAUCGGACAUAAUAGACAUAAUCGGCGUGCAUACUGUAUCUGUACAUAAAAAAAGCUUUUUUGAAUGUUAUUCUUUUCUUACUCGAUACAUGUUCACUGAUUAUUACUUGGCUUCGGUUUUUACGUUCACGGGAUCAUCUGGGUAGUUUAUGAUUUGCAGUGAGAGGUUGUAAUAUUUAAAAAGUCUUCUAACGUAUUAACAGAAUUUACACCGAGCAACUCUACGGAGAAUAAUUCAUGUAAUGUUAUUAGUUUUUGAUAAAGGAAAUACUUGUGUUUCUGGCCCACCCCCCCCCAAAAAAAGUGUUUGAAUAAACAUCUGUAAUUCUUAGCGGCUCA